AUGAAUAAUGAGUUGCGGUCGCUACGAAACGAAGAAAGGGCCUUCGUGAGGUUCAUAAACGCCACGGAAAGGACAGUGCGGAUCGUUUGGGUGGGAUUUUCGGGGCAGUACGUAACCUACAACUAUCUCGCCAAAGGGAAUUACAUAGACAUAAACACGUAUAAACAGCAUCCUUGGAUAGCCCUGGAUACAUCCACAGAAGACAGACUGCUCAUAGAUAGAAAGUACGUGUAUUUUCCCAGGACCACCAAAGAAUAUUUCGAAGAGAGGAUGCCGGGCAAAGCAUUGCCGCCGAAUUUCGAAACCAGAAUCAAGGUGUACGUAACCUUACCUCUAUACUCUCUACGAUACAGGGCUCUUAUGGAGCUGAGAAACCAUUUUGACACGACUGAAGGCAUCGAGGACUUGGAGUUGCCUCGACAGCUGACUGAAGACUUAAAGAAACUUAUUACUCAAAGAAAUAAUCAAAAGAACGACUGCAAUACUCCUCCAGAACAACCAUUAUAAUUUUUUGUUUGAAACUCACUAAAAUUGUAAUUAUGUGUAUAGAAAUUAGUCUCAUUAUUAAUAUAUCUAUGUAUAUUAACUUUAUUUAUGUAUUUUUCUAUUCUACGACAAAUAUUAGUCAUUAAAUAUCAUUUUCUACUAAUAGUUUGAAUAUUUGUAUGGAGCGACAUCUAUACAAGAAUAGAGCAACCAAAUUGAUACUAGGAAUCUAUUUUACCGGCAUUUAAAAUGACAGUGUUAGUUUG